GACCCCAAACACCCCGUAACUGCGGGCGAGAUUCUCCUGCCGAGAACCUCCCAGCACACACGGGAGUCUGCGGCUAGCUCAAUCAUUUGUGAUUUCGGGGGUAAAAUAAAGUGAGAUUUUGACUGAUUGAAGCCUGGAACCCUGUGCAACACCAUGGCAAUGCAAGUGGUUGACGUAGCCGUUCAGAGCUUGGGGAAGAUGAAGGGGAACAUUACCAAUGGGAUGGAUGAUAUUCUCAGUGUAGUUGACAAUUUAGCUGAAGGUCAAGACUCAAUUGACAAUGAGAAUCUUGCUGCCUUGGAGAAGAUGCUUCUAGAUUAUGCAUCAAUGGAACACACUUUGAAGCAGUUUACUGCAGCUGUAUCUGAUGUGAAAUCACAGUUCUCUGAACUGAGCGAUUCUAACGUCAAGGUGGAAGCUGUUAAGGAACUUCUUGAUGACACCUUUAAAAACAAGGUCAAGAACAAGUCUAAGAGUGAUCUUCAAAGUCAUGAUAAAGUACUGGAGUUUAGGAACAAACUGCAGGAGCUUGGAGAAAGUCAAGAAGAGGAUGAGGAAGCCGGUCCAUCUUCUGUAGCUGACCAGUCGCUUGGUGAGGAGGAGCUUGUGAUGACCCAGACAGAAGUCGGUACCAAAUGUCCUUUCACUCAGCAGGAGAUGAUGAACCCCGUCAGAAACACCAUCUGUGGACAUCACUAUGAGAAGCGAGGGAUUGAUGAACUGUUCUCCAAGAGAAAGAGGUUCAGAUGUCCUCUGCCGGGCUGCAACAACAAGGCUUACAUCGUCCCAGAUCACAUGGUACCAGACCAAGCUUUCAAAAAGGUACUUGAGAAGCAGAGACGAGCAAACAAACGCAAGCAGGCAGAUAGUAUGUAGACUGGGUCACCAAAUAAUACCAUCCAGUGCCUUGAGAAAUGCUAAAGCGAUGGAGACACUUUUAUUUGUCACAAACAUGGCAGUCAUUUGGAGUUUGAUUAAAGGCCCUUGAGAUGAUAUGAUAUAGGAAGAGAGGAAUUCAGGAAAACAAAAGCAUGGGGAUACCGCACUUUGCUCCCGAUAAAGAAUUAAAACUUCCUACCACAUAUUCUAGCCAAAGAGAUG